GGAAAAAAGAAAAGACCGUAUCCUCUUCGCCGCCUAACUCUGAGUAUGUCCAAACGUUGACACUGCUCGGGUCGGGUCGAUAUACCCAAUAUCCACGGAACAGAAGCAUCGUCGUGCACAAAAUGGUGGUCUUUCACAAUCAUCACCAUCCUCUGCACCAACAAGAAACAGUAGCUGUACCUUUAUUCUAAAUUACACACAUUUUAUAAUACCGUAAAAACAACACAAAGCUAUUAAUUUAAGCAACGCACAUCUAUUCUCCAUUCCUUCUUAAGCUUGAAGCAAACUCUUAUUCUUUUUUAAAUUUAAAAUUACGCGUUAAAACAAGCAACUGCAUUUAGAUCUGAAGCUGAAACACACAGAAUGAAGCUCUCGGCGUUGCAGCUAAGCAACCUCAACCGCCGGAGCAACAGCUUCCGAUCGCCGUUAGAUUCCGGCGACGUCUCCGGCAAAUCUCCGGCUGCGCUUUUCUGGUUAGCAUUUCACGUUUUAUGCUGCUUAAUUAGCUUAGUUCUCGGCUUCAGAUUCUCUCGUCUUAUAUUCUUCCUGUUAUUCACGACUACUACUACUACUACAACUAUAUAUACUACGACGCCGUUUCGUAGAGCUGCUAGUAUAGUUACGGCUGGUGGUAGAGCGCUUCCGUUUUCGAAACCGGUAGUGAAUUAUGAAUCUGCGGUGAAUACGACGACGGUGAAGGCUAGUGGCGUUGUUGUUGGACGCCACGGGAUUUUGAUACGGCCGUGGCCGCAUCCGAAUCCUGAUGAGGUGGUUAAGGCUCAUAAGAUGAUUGAGAGAGUUCAGAUGGAGCAGAGAGCUCAGUACGGUGUUAAAAACCCUAGGUCUUUGAUUGUGAUUACGCCGACUUAUGUUAGGACGUUUCAGGCUUUGCAUCUUACUGGAUUGAUGCACUCGCUUAUGAAUGUUCCGUAUGAUCUGACGUGGAUUGUUGUUGAAGCUGGCGGAAUUAGUAAUGAGACAGCUUCGUUGAUUGCAAAGUCGGGGAGGAAGACUGUGCACAUUGGAUUUGAUGAGAAGAUGAAGCUUUCGUGGGAGGAUCGUCAUCAGAUGGAAGCUAGGAUGCGGCUUCGUGGAUUGAGGGUUGUUAGAGAUGAGAAAUUGGAUGGAAUUGUGAUGUUUGCGGAUGAUAGUAAUAUGCAUAGUAUGGAGCUUUUUGAUGAGAUCCAAACAGUGAAGGGGAUCGGAGCUAUAUCUAUUGGUAUUCUGGCUCAUGGGAGUAAUUCUGAUGAAGAACUUGAUAUAGUUCAGAAGACAGUGGGUGGUAACAAAUCAAGUUUGCCAAUUCAGGGUCCAGCAUGUAAUAGUUCGGAACACUUAGCUGGUUGGCAUACUUUUGAUUCACUGCCAUAUGCCACGAAGAGUGCUAAGUAUAUUGGUGAUAAGGCAGUUGUGCUUCCUAGGAAGAUGGAAUGGGCUGGGUUUGUACUGAAUUCCAGGUUGCUAUGGGAAGAAGCAGAGGAUAAGCCGGAUUGGGCUAAGGAUUUCCACAAUAUUGUUACCAGUGAAGCUGAUGUUGAGAGUCCGCUGUCUAUAUUGAAAGAUUCUUCGGUAGUGGAGCCUCUUGGCAAUUGUGGCCGGAAAGUUAUGAUGUGGUGGCUUCGUGUGGAAGCUCGUGCUGACAGCAAAUUUCCACCCGGGUGGAUUAUUGACCCCCCAUUGGAAAUCACUGUCCCAGCAAAACGUACACCAUGGCCUGAUGCCCCUCCAGAGUUGCUUAAUAAUGAGAAAUUAACCAACAUUCAAGAGAGCACUGAGAAGCGUGCACCAAAAACACGAGCACCCAGAUCAAAGCACAGUUCUAGGAAGAGAAAACAUGAAUCAAGAAGUGUACAUGAAGCACGAAGUGUGGAUAGACAUAUUUCUGUAAGCAGCACCGUCAAGGAGUAGAAUAAUUCUUAUCACCAUGUGUUUUCUAAGAAUUGUAUGUUGUGUGCAUUUGGAAAUGUGAGUAGCCACCACCUCGACAAAUUCAGAAGUUUGCCCUUCCCGAGGCCAAGUAAAUAGAAGACAUCUCAUAGGAGGUUUUGGAAGAUCCUGCAAUUUGGUUUUUAUACGUUACCACAGCCUAUAUUGUUUUUGGUGAAUAUUGUUCAAUACGUUGGGGUUAAUUUUUCAGUCUGGUCAUGUACAAGGGAUAUAAAUGUCAAGCCAGGUCCAAUUGUUUCCUUUGUUGUAGGUUACAUUGAUCCGGAGGUCCAUUUUUCGUUAAAAAAACAUUAUACUCAAUAGAAAUGAAAGGUCCGUUUAUUCUUUA